UUCAUUUCCUGAUCCAGUCCGAGGAACUGGUGGGAAAUGGUGUUAUUAAAAAAAAAAAAAAAAAAAAAAAAGAUCUGGAGCUUUUGGGAAAAUAUCCGUGGCUGGAGUCCCAUAAACCGCCGCCUCCUGCUCCACAGCCAAACAGUCCAAAUCCAAAGAUUUCCGUUUGAUAUAAACUUCCUCUAUAUCCAACGGUAGUGGGUGGGAUCCACAGAAACAAAGAGUGGCCACGUGUGGAUGAUGUGAUCGCAGGAAGCUGGAGUCUGUCUUUCUUCAUUCUGAGAGCAGAUCGAUCACAUCCAUCUGAGAAACGAAUUCAUUUGCAGCAGUGACGGUCUGAUCACAGCUGGAUCUCGAUGUUUCAGUGGUAUCGACACAGAACAGAUGAUAUCCAGAGGAUGUCCAGGCUCAGCUGGGUCCUGUCUUCACUGCUUCUGUGGACUCUUACAAGAGGAGACACUGAGGUGUCCUGUGUUUUCAUGGAGAGCUGCAUCUUACCGUGCAGCUUCCAGAGCGGAGCUGAUCCAGUCAUCCACUGGAAUCUGGUGACAGCAGGAAACCCUUAUGUCCACUCCUUCUACUUCAACCAAGACCAGCUCGGACUCCAGGACCAGAACUUCAGAAACAGAACAUCUCUGUUCAAGGACCAGAUCUCCAGAGGAAACGCCUCACUCCAGCUGACAGGGGUGGAGGUUCAGGACCAGGGCAGAUACAGAUGUCACACCAGCACCAUCAGAGGAAAAGAAGAGUCAUUCAUCAACCUGAGAGUGGACGCUCCAGUCAGUAAAGUCAACAUGGAGCAGGUAGGAAACAGGAUCAUCUGCAGCUCAGAGGGGAUCUACCCUAAACCUGAUCUCACCUGGUCCACCAGUCCUCCAUCCAACCUGAACCUCCAGAACCAAAGCAGCAUCCAGCAGACUGAGCAGCAGCUCUACAACAUCAGUAGUUCUCUGAUACUUUCAGACAGUGAAACUGAUCUGAUCUACAUCUGCACCAUCAGCACUCGAAAAAACUGGAGGAGAGUCACUUUGUUUAAAACAACUUCUAUCAGUGUUUCAGGCUCUGAAACAACAAUCUCCUGCCCUGACUCAAUCACCUCAAUAACAGGCUUCAGUCUCACCUGGAGAUUCAACCACAGUCAGAUCAUCCUGAACCAGAGCAGAGCUGACAUCAGCUACACAGUGUCAGAGGAGUGGAGGCAGCAGGUGAAGGGUGUGUCAGAGUCAGGCAGCCUCAUGCUACAGGACUUAUCUUCACAUCAUGAGGGAAUAUACAGCUGUGAAGUCAGUGAUGCUGAGGAGACUCUGAUAACCAACACCUUUCUGAGGAGAGAGAAAAGUCAAGACACUGAGGUGUCCUGUGUUUUCAUGGAGAGCUGCAUCUUACCGUGCAGCUUCCAGAGCGGAGCUGAUCCAGUCAUCCACUGGAAUCUGGUGACAGCAGGAAACCCUUAUGUCCACUCCUUCUACAGCAACAAAGACCAGCUCGGACUCCAGGACCAGUACUUCAGAGGCAGAACAUCACUGUUCAAGGACCAGAUCUCCAGAGGAAACGCCUCACUCCAGCUGACAGGGGUGGAGGUUCAGGACCAGGGAGGAUACAAGUGUCACACAAGCACCAUGAGAGGAAACAAGGAUUCAUUCAUCAACCUGAGAGUGGACGCUCCAGUCAGUAAAGUCAACAUGGAGCAGGUAGGAAACAGGAUCAUCUGCAGCUCAGAGGGGAUCUACCCUAAACCUGAUCUCACCUGGUCCACCAGACCUCCAUCCAACACAACGUUCACUAACAAAACUGAAGUCCAGAAGAAUGAGCAGCAGCUCUACAACAUCAGUAGUUCUCUGAUACUUUCAGACAGUGAAAAUGAUCUGAUCUACAUCUGCACCAUCAGCACUCGAAAAAACUGGAGGAGAGUCACUUGGAGAAAACUACACAUGCAUGGUCCCCUGAGCUUGAACCCUAAUGACUUUGAUGAUCCUCUUCCAGCACCAUCAACAGCUUCUAUCAGUGUUUCAGACUCUGAAACAACAAUCUCCUGCCCUGACUCAAUCACCUCAAUAACAGGCUUCAGUCUCACCUGGAGAUUCAACCACAGUCAGAUCAUCCUGAACCAGAGCAGAGCUGACAUCAGCUACACAGUGUCAGAGGAGUGGAGGCAGCAGGUGAAGGGUGUGUCAGAGUCAGGCAGCCUCAUGCUACAGGACUUAUCUUCACAUCAUGAGGGAAUAUACAGCUGUGAAGUCAGUGAUGCUGAGGAGACUCUGAUAACCAACACCUUUCUGAGAAUAAAAGGGAGUCAGACUCAUGUCACAGUUAUUAUUCUAGCUGUGGUGGUAGCAGUCCUUGUGGUUUUAUUGUCAGCAGCCCUGGCACUGUACUACAAAUAUAAAAAGAGAGGAGCAGAACCACAUGUGACAGCAACCUACUCUCAGGAAACGUGACUCAGUGAUGAACCCCUGACAAACCUCCUACAAGAUGUCCAACAACCAGAGGCUCUGGUGAAAUCAACGUCACAGUGCUGCUCUGAAGUUUGACUGCAUUCAAACAAUCCACAAAGAGAAACAUACCAACACUAACGAAGCUCUGUCUCAUGCUCUAUGACACCUCAGCUGUGUAACAUGCCUGAAUCUCUUGGUCAAGUCAGAUUGCAUCGUGUUUGUUUGUAAAUGUCCAGCUGGAAUCUGACAAUGUCACAGAUGUGCAACUCUAAAUCUGUGGAGCGCCCCUUUAAGAACUCCCUCUAGUCCCUCAGAGAAACUCAGAGGCUGUUUAACACUAUAGAAUGUAAACUGGACAGACCAUCCAGUUAUGGAGAAACAAUGUUUCUUUUAUAGUGAAGGAUGCAAUUCACCCUGUUUGAUUCAGCAAAAAAAUGUAGCUCUCUACAUGAGACAUGGAAUGACUCAUGCAGAAAUCAUGAAACAGUGAUGUGAAGCUUU